AUGACUACUAUCAAGAAAGGAAUUAUAAAAGAAGAAAGAAACUCAGCAGUUCCACCUCUGGCUGCAGAAAUAACUAUUCAACCAACUGUGGAAGAGGCCUCUGACAACUGCACUCAAGAAUGUCUCAUCUUGGGCCAUUCUGAUGCCUGCUGGAUGCCAGCAUCUCUGACCCACUCUAGCCCUCCUCAGGCACAGGCCUCCAUUCUAUGCCACAGUCCACCCCUGACACAGACCUCUGUUCGCCGCCGCAGCCCGCCAGUGACACAGACCAUUGCUCUCUGCCACAGCCCUCCAGUGACCCAUGCUAUUGCACUGUGCCACAGCCCUCCACCGGUGCAGGCCUCUGUUCUCCACCACAGUCCUCCUCUAGUACAGGCUACCGCACUUUGCCACAGCCCACCACCAGCACAGGCCUCACCUCUCCAGUAUAGCCCUCCCUUGGCACAGGCUGCUGCCCUCCAUCGCAGCCAGGCCCAGCCACCAAUGGGUUUGCAGCAAGGUUGGAUGCAAAGUGUUGGAGCUGAUGAACUAUGCUCUGUUGAUCAGGGGGUGCAAGGUAGUGCAAGAUCCCAGUUUUACACCAUGUCUGAAAGACUUCAUUCCAGUAAUGAUUCAAUUAAAGUCAUUCCCUUGACAACCUUCAAACCGGGCCAAAAGGCUAGAUCCUCUAGGGGUGAUUCCCCCAUUAUGGAAGAACAUCCCUUGUAAAGCUAAAAUGGCUAUUUCACAUUUUCACACACUAUGUAUAUAGUCAAACUGUAAGAUCCAAUUUCAGUGAAUAUUCCAAAUUGUUAGGUUUGUAAAUAGUUAUGUAAAUAGAAACAGAUACCAGAAUAAUUCUAGAGCUAAAUCCUUAGUCAAAGGUUAAAAAUAGAUUUACAAUUUGGUUUAAUUCAGAAUAUAUAUUAAAAAAGAAAAGAAAUUUUAAAAAUCACAUUCCCUUGUACAGAAAGGCUUAUCAUGGCAGAAAUUAGCAUGUAGUAUAUACUAUUUCUGAUGUACUAUACAUUUAUUUUAUGUUUGUAUGACCAUGUGCAAUAUUACUGAUUAUUUUUCCAUUUUGAUUUUUGUGGACCCAGUCCAUAGCAAAUGGAAAGCAUAUAGAUAUCUGAUUUUCCAGAUUUACCUUUAGUUUAUCUACACUUUUGUUCAGAUAACAUUAGAAGACAUAAGUACUGUAGCAUUUUUUUGUCUUUUUGUUUCAUUUUUGUUUAUUAUUUGUCUCUAGUUUUUUUGUUGUUAGCGUUUUUGCCUUCAAAACUGCACAGUAGGAAGUGUAAAUAACUCUUACAGUUUCUGUCUCUGUUCCUAUUUUUUAUGUUUUCUACCUUUAUUCUAAGAAUAUAUUGUUCAUAUUAUUUAUAUAUGCAUUUUCAAUAAAAACAUAUAUAAACUGUACAGAUCAAGGUCUAUAACCUAUUUCUCUACUCUUUAGUAGAGUUCGAGACACUGAUGUGCAAUAGCUGUGCCCAAAUUAGUCAACUAUUUGCUAAAAAGGGCCUCUUUUUUUAAAAAAAAAAAUCUUUGUAGUUUAUUAUAAAGUACAUCAGAAAUAAAAUUGUAUGUGCCAUUUUAAGCCUAUAUUCCACUAUUUAUCAGGUCUUUAUCUUCUAGAAUUUGUAUGUAAUAGCCUAGAAAAUCACAAGGAAUGUGGAUGCAUUCAACACAUGGCUCAUUUACAGCUAUGACUGUAAACUGCUAUUUUCUAGAGAAAAUCAAGAAUAUUUUAAUGUUGAUUUGAUAGUUCAAUAGGCUGUUACUGAAAGACGUUCAGUAAAAGAACAAACAAAUAAAUAUAACUGUAAAUAAACCAUAUACCUAACCUAUAAGACUAAGGGAUUUUUGUCAUUGUAGCUUACUGAAGAAAACUUACUGAAGAAAACCACUUAUAACAAGAUUAAAGUCAGGAAGAAACUUUUCAAGAGACAUAAUUAUAAUGUACAUCAAAUGUAUUAUAGUGUUGAAUUUCAAGGAGAUGUGCAGAGGGAGAAAUAAGGUUCAUGACUGCUUCUUGGGGUUAAUAAGAAAUACUCCAAUACCACACAGCAAAAAAAAAACCCAAUAAAAUCUCACAUAUGAAACAAAAUAUGUCCUUCUAAGAAAAGAAUACAAUAGUAUUCAUAGGAAACAUUAGUUUCCUUCUGUUGUCUGUUCAUUUUCUGCUUUUAUCCUCUCAACUGGCCAUUAUUUUCUAUGUGCACAUUUCAUAAAUUUAUAAAACACCACCAACUUAAGUUUCCUCCAUAGGAAAACUAAAAAAAAAAAUGUCUUGUUUCAGUAUUACACUAAACCAAGAGACCAUUGAUGUUUUGGGGUUGGGGGGGUGAAUAUUUCUUAUCGAUUAAAUUAGAUGUAGACUUUGCAAUGUGUAACUUGAAGAUAUGUAAUUUAUGAUUAAAUUGUGUAUAAAUGUUGUAAUAUACACUGUGGUAAUUGUAUAAUUUCAUUGGUGAAGGUUUCCACUGAAUGUUAAGAAAGCUUCUCUUCAUGUGCCCAGCAGGUUAAGUAGCGUUUUGAGAAGAUAUUGUUCCCAUUCAUUGUAAAGCUCUUUAAAUCAUAUUUCAUUUGGUGUGUAGAAUAAAUUCUUAACUUUUUACUACUACUGUUUAAUUUGUGAAAUUUCAAAUUAAUUAAUGUUUUUUAAAAAUCUUUUUUGUUUGUUAAUGUUGUUAAUAUUAUAAGGGAUUUGGAGCACACUGGUUUUCCAGGUGCAUGUGAAUCUUGAAGGACUGAUGAUGUUUGACAGUUUAUUGAAAUAUGAUUAUGUAUAUGUAUUGCUAUUGUUGCUAUUAUUGUUGUUGAUGAAGAUUUUAAACCUGGGGAUGACAAAGAAACCCAGAAUGACAAAAUCAGUGCUUCCAGUAGCUUGUGAAUGUUUUUGUUCUCAAAAAACUUGCAAAGAUUAUGUGAGCGAGAAUUUUUUCUUCUAUUUAAAUUAUUUCAACAUUUUUCCUUUCCACACCUUUAGUUAUGAUCUACACACAUAAACACACAUGCACAAAUUUAAAGGAGAUAAAAAGGAGAAAGUAAAAGAUUAUUAAAUAAUUUGUCAAUAAUCUGAAUGGUUAUUAUCUAUGUUAAUGGAAAAUCAGACUAGGAACCAAAAUUAGAUGUUUAGGGAUUUUUUUCUGAUAGUAUGAUUUAUUGAGUUAUUAGGGAGGCUCUUAAAUCCUGAUAUCUAAAAAUUGGCAAAGUUUUGAUACCUUUCCUAGAGACAUAGGAAUGAACAAAUACGCUUUUAUUGCCCUUUCUAACUCUGAUUUUAUAAUCAGAUUUAGACUGUGUUUAGAAUAUAAAAUGACUGGGCACCCUCUUCUGGGUUUGUACCAGAGAGGCUUGGACUGGAAGCAGGCUUGGAGUAGCCAAAGAGGCAAGGGGUGUGAGCCCAGUUAUUCUCCCCUAUGCAUUCUCUUUCUAAGCUUCCAUUAGGUCUGGCCUUGGAAACCUGUAACUUCCAGGGUUUCAGAUUCGAUGAGAUCUUUCUCAUCACAUUACAAAAUCUUUCUUGGAAUGGAUGAAGAGAGCUAUAGGAUGACAAACCUCACAGGUGGCUCUUUUGAUGUGAAAAAAUUGUAGUCCUGGAACUGCAAAAUGUCUUACUUUACUAAAAAAUGUUUCCCUUGAAAAAGGAAAGAUUUGAUUAUGUUUGAAAUGAGAACUUCAAAUUGAAUGAUUUGUAUGAUAAUAACAUGUUCAAUCUGAUGGGUUAUUCUAUUCUGUGGCCAUAUUGAAUUAUAUUGUGAUUAUUAAUUUUCUAGCUAUAGUGUUCAUAUAUCACAUUUGUAAGUAUGUAUUAAAACACUGUGUAUCUUAUAUGCUAAGUACAUACACAUCAUUUUCUUGAGCUUUAUCUUCAAAUUUUAACUAAUACUGUGUCAGUGUAUUAAAAGCUAGCUUUUACCUAUGAUACCACCAAUGUAAUAUAUUUAGAGAGUACAUUUUGUGUAGUCUCAUUUAGUUAUUUAAUGUUUUAUGUUUAAUUAAGUAAAUUUGGUUAGAAAAAAAUGAUUGUUAAAUGGUUAGUGCUAUUGUGUAAUGGUGACAGUUAUGAAGAGCCUCUGCCUUCCAAACUAAUAUUUGUCACACACUUUAAUUAAAAUAGGAAAAAUACAUUUAAAACAAUCUCAAAUUGUAUAGUCCUUAAAAUGUAAUCAUUUCACAGCAAAAGAAAUCCUUUUCAAUCCUUGAAAAAUUAAGUGAGUUUUACUCACAUGCAUAUUUCAACAUUACUGUUUUUGUUUUCUAUAUUAAGGCUGAAGGUGCGUAUAUCUCCUAAUAUACAUUUAGGAAACUGUACUUGUUUAGGCUUUGGUUUAUUUACAUUCUUAUUUAUAUCUUCCCUAUUAGUUACCAUUUUGUCUUUCUUCUUUCAUAUUUUUUUACAAAACAAAUUUAUAGUCAUGCUUAGAUAAACUUUUCAUCACAAUUAUUAGGCAGUAUUUUGACUAUUUCUACCCGGCCCAAUUGGCCUGGAAAAUAUGGGAGCAAGAGAAGCUGAAAUAUAUGUGGACAGGAACCUUUCUAUAUCAUUUGCCAAUUACCACACCAGAGGAAUUUUAUGCAGAGGCCUUAAAAUAUUGAUUCACAGUAGCUUUCUUACACUAACCAUCCAAUGUGCUUUCAGUAAAUGAUUUUUAAAAGCAGCACAAGUUGAUAACAGCAAGAGUAUUAAUGAAAAUGCUGCUCAGGAAAAUGUGUGUGCACAAAUGAAAAAAAUGAAGGCAAUUGUUUAGUGAUUUUAUGUGAUAUUUUUAGAAAUAAAAUGUGUGAAAUUUAUGCUACCCCUGCUUAAAAUAUUUGGAAUUUUAUGAAAUAUGUAUUUAUGUUUGUAUUUUGGAAAGUUUCCUCCUCUGUGACAUCAUACAGCAUCUGAAAGUGAACAGUACCCAAAGCAGUUCUAGCCAUGCUUUGGAAGUGAGAAGGUUGGAUAUUGUAUGGCCCAGGAUGGCAGUAUGUAGUCCAGUGGCAAAUGUGUAUUAAUUGCUCUAUUUCAGGGUCUGUAUUGCAUGUUUUAUUAUUCAUUAAUAUAGAUAUUAAUAAAGUAGUUAUGAAAAAUAAAAA